UAUCAUACUAUAUCACUCCUAUCUGUCUAAAAAGCAUUCCCCUUUUUUCCUCACAUUUUCUCUAACAAUUAAACAACAUAACUAGACUUAAGGAGAGUUCAAGUAGCCAUGGGAGUAGCACAAAUUAACCAAUUCUGGUUCUAUGUCAUGAUCCUUCUCUUGUCCAUCUCCGUUUCUUCUAUUUCUAGCUCUGAAUCAAAUUGUGUAUACUCAGUUUACGUUCGGACAGGGCAAUUCUUUGGGUCUGGAACUGACUCCAAAAUAAUCUUAACUCUCUAUGAUGCGGAUGGAUAUGGACUUAGAAUCAACAAUCUACAAGCAUGGGGUGGGCUUAUGGGCGAAGGUUACGACUACUUUGAAAGGGACAAUUUGGAUAUGUUUACGGGUCGUGGUCCAUGUUUGAAUGGUCCAAUCUGUAAAAUGAACUUGACUUCAGAUGGUACAGGCCAACACCCUGGAUGGUACUGUAAUUACGUUGAAGUUACCUCUACAGCAGAGCACAAACGAUGCAACCAGCAGUUGUUUACAGUCGAGAAUUGGCUUGGUGCUGAUGUUUUCCCAGAUGGGCUAACGGCCAUUAAGAACAACUGUGGCCGUAAGUCCGAAGAGCAAUUGUCUAUUUACGAUUCUCAGUCCUAUCAUGUUGUUGAUGUUAUUUAAUAUGAGCUUAUAGAGGGUUGUUGAGCCAGGCUCAGAAUUUCGCUCAUUCUGUCUCUCUAUUUUUUUUCCCUUUUCCCUUUUUCCAAUUCGAAUACAUCACACAUUGUGAAUAAUUUACAUAUUGAUCUGAUAUUGUAUGUAUUGUGGAUGAGAUAAAAUGGUGAUAUUUUUUCUACAUUGAAAA